AUGGCCCAAAUGGACACCAUCGAAGGCAAGCUGCAGGAUGGCUCGUUGGAUGUCAAGACAAAGCUGGCGGCUCUCAACGAGCUGCGAGACGCUCUCGAUGCCUUCACUCAAGGCCCAGCAUAUGCCACCUUCCUGGCCAAAUUCGUUCCCAUCCUGCUAAGCAUUCUGUCUGGCACGCCCGUCUUCACAUCUACCUCUCCCGAGCAGAGAUUACGACAAACCGCGCUGGAAAUCCUCCAUCGAUUGCCCGUGGCCGCAGAUGUGGCAGCGAUGGAGCCGUAUGCAGAGAAGCUUGUGGACAAAUGUUUGGAAUUGGUCAAGACGGAGAAUGAGGACAACUCUGUGCUGUGUUUGAAGAUUGUCAUGGACUUUUGUCGGUACCAUACCAAGACUGCUGGUGUUGCGGACAAGGCUCAGACCUUCCUGGACCUMAUACUGGAGCUCUUUGACAGCAUGGAGCAGACGGUAAAGGACACAUUUGAAUCGCCAUCACCAAUUGCUGCGACCGCUGGUGGAGGGCCUGGGACACCCAACAACGCGGGCACGCCAGGAUCACCCGUCACUUCAACAUCACAAGCUCUAGCGAUCGACCCGGGCAUUGAACAGCAAACAACGACUCGGCAGUUGGUCAAAGGAUGCAACAGCUUCAAGGUCGUGGCCGAAUGUCCCAUCAUCGUCGUGUCCAUCUUUCAAGCGCACAAACACCUUGCACCGAAAAACGUCGCCAAGUUCACGCCUCGCAUCCGAAGCACCAUUUUACUGGAGGCCGGCCCACAGAAGCGGGCCCACCAGGAAGCUAUGAAGAUUGAUACGAUCUUCACGGGUGUCGCGAGAGAGAUCAAGGCAAAGGGACAGGUCGAGGCAUUCGGUCAGCUGGUGACAGCUCAGGUGAAGACCAUGUCCUUUUUGGCAUACAUCCUGCGAGCAUAUCGGGAAUCUCUGGCGRACUUCCUUCCGCAGAUGCCGCAUCUCACUGUACGAUUGCUUCGCGAUGUGCCGCGAAGCUUUACUGCCACUCGCAAGGAGCUUCUGGUAGCGAUCAGGCACAUCAUCAACUUUAACUUUAGGGACGUUUUCCUGCCUGUUAUUCUGCCGCUGCUCGACUCUCGUACUCUGGUCGGUGAUUCACUCACGGCUGAUGUCACGUUGCGGCCACUCGCAUACACCAUGCUUGCGGACUUGGUUCAUCACGUACGAGAGCGUUUGGAUCCCCAGCAAAUCACCAAGGUGGUACAGGUGUAUGUCGGACACUUGACUGGAGAGGAUGGUGUGGAGGUUCCUGGAACCAGCUACCAAACUAUGAGUGCGAAGCUGCUCCUGAACAUGGGAGAGUGCAUGUCAAAGGUCGAAGACAAGAAGGAUGCUCGGUUCCUCAUGAUGAGUGUGCUCAAUGGUAUCGCGGAUAAAUUCGGCGCCAUGAAUCGGGCAUAUCCAAACGCAGUGAAGCUCUAUCGCCAGCAAAAGGAGAGCGGCGCUCCAGUGGACACGGUUACUGACAAUUACUUGGCCGAGGAAGAUGCCCGGCCUGAUUGGGACGAGACCGACAUCUUCAGCGCCAUGCCAAUCAAGGCCAUCAAUCCGAAGGAGCGCGCGACUGACGCGGUCACUGACAACAAGUUCCUGUUCAAGAACCUGCUACAAGGUCUCAAACAGUUCUUCUACCAGUUGCGUAACAGCAACCCGCCGCGGAUCAAGGACGAAGUCGACACCACCAAUGCGCCUCCUCAUUGGGGCGAGUUGUCGUCAGGAUUCGAGGCAGAGGAGAUCGAGGUCUUGCUCAAGCUUUUCCGCGAGGGCGCGAAAUGCUUCCAGUACUACGCUCCGUUGGAUCCGCCGGCGGAAGAGAACGCCACGAGCGAGCCGCCGAGUAUGUCCACCACGGCGAACUCCAAGGAAGAAAAGGACCUGCUCGAGACCUUUGCAACCAUCUUCCACCACCUCGACCCGGCGGCCUUUCACGAGAUUUUCACGUCUGGCACGCCAACCGGUAUUGAGUUCAUGUACCAGCAAAGCUUUCAAUAUCCCGCACUGCUGCAUAUCCCUCAGUUCCUUCUUGCAAGCGAAGCCACCAGCCCGGCUUUCUGCGGUAUGCUGCUAAAGUUUCUGAUGAGCAAACUCGAGGAGGUUGGGGAGAGUGAUACGACCAAGACGUCGGUACUGUUGCGGCUGUUCAAGUUAUCGUUCAUGGCAGUCACGCUCUUCUCCCAGCACAACGAAGGCGUUCUGCUGCCACACGUCCGGGAACUCAUCACACGGUCCAUCGAGCUCUCUGUCAGCGCAGCGGAGCCCACAAACUACUUCCUCCUGUUGAGAUCACUCUUCCGCAGCAUAGGUGGCGGGCGAUUUGAGCAUCUGUACAAGGAGAUAUUACCACUGCUCGAGAUGCUGCUGGAGGUCCUCAAUACUCAUCUCGCAGCUGCGCCAGAUGGAAGCACGCGCGAUCUCUUCGUCGAGCUCUCUCUGACAGUGCCCGCUAGACUCAGUCAUCUACUGCCGCACUUGUCUUAUCUCAUGCGGCCUCUCACCGUUGCCCUUCGCUCGGGAGAGCUUCCAAAUAUGGCGAGUCAGCGCUCAUGUUCCAACGACAGGUCUUCCAGUGAUAGCCGUGUCACCGGCUCUAGCGAAUUGACCGCGCAGGGCUUGAGAACACUCGAGCUUUGCGUUGAUAACCUGACAGCGKACUACCUGGACCCCAUCAUGCAACCGUGGAUGGAGGAGAUCAUGGGAAGCUUGUGGCGCAUGCUGAAGCCUGCCAGUCUGACCGGUGCAAGUCAGGGCUCAAGUGGGCAAACCUCCACCAACGGUCACAUGGGUGCGCAUACCGCUGUUCGCAUCUUGGGUAAGCUGGGUGGAAGGAACCGUCGGUUUCUUACCAAUCCGCCAGAGCUCGACUGGAGAGGCCACGCCGACGAUGAGGCCAGCUACGACGUUCGCUUCAUCGGCUCCAUUAGUAAUGGCGGCGAGCGCCCAAUGCCGUCCCGGCUUGGUGUUGAUACAGCUAUCGAGAAGCUGUGGGAAGUUCCGCGGACUGCUGCUCAGAAGAAGUCCGACGACUUCCACAAACGCCAGGCUUUCAAGUUCAUCACAUCUCAUGUCAAGCUGCUCAUGGGCGCGGACAAUCUGCCCGACGACUUUGCACGUUUGGUUAGAUUGCAAGCUGACGAUCUCACCGCGAAGAACUUUGAUCACGGUGAUGACUUGUUUGGGGUGUCUGAGCGAUCGAAAUCGACCACUAAGAGGGACGCGCAGCAAGCGACGCUUUUGAAACUCCUCAAAGCAGUCAUGCGGGCAACGAGCAUCAGCAACCUUCAGGAGGACGCCGAAAAGUUUCUCCAGGGCAUCUAUCGCCAUUUCAUGCUCGUUGAACUCGGUGUUGCCGUUGCGAGAGAGAAGCACGAGAAGCGGGCCUUUGACGUCAAGGCCGGCGAAGGUCCUGUCUACGUUGAGACCAGCGUGCUUGCAGACGCCAUUUGCGAGAGCUUGGCAUCGGAUCAGAAGGUCAUUCGAGAUGUUGCGGAGAACGCCAUGCUGUCGUGUCUGAAGGUCGCCUCCACGAUCUUCGGCUCUGCGCAAAAAGCGGAAACUUUGCCGUUCUUCGCAAGGCUCGCGGAAGUUCUGUGUCACGCUUGUUACGAAGAGGAGUGGUUCACCAAGUCGGCCGGCUCUCUUGGGAUCAGUAUUAUUACGAACACAGAUAAGAUGGGCUUCUCAGACGCAUGGCUUGCCCAGCGAAUGUCGGAAAUGCUCAAAGCUUUGCUCUUUGUCAUCAAAGACAUGCCUCAGGAUCUUCCCGCCAACAUUCGCGUCCAGGCGAAGGAGAGUAUCGUUGUCGUGGCUAGACGGUUCGCAUCCAGCGGUAUCGAGAGCAAGGACGAACUGGAGAACAAGGAGAGCAASCUCCGCAUCCUGACCCAGACCCUGUGUGCUGAGACCAGUCACAUGAAUCGCCACGUCCGAGAGGCAGCUCAACAAGCCUUACGCACCCUCGCAAUUCAGCUUGAGAUGCCUCACUACGACUUGAUCUCGCCUGUGAAGAAUGUCUUGACGGAUCACAUAUUCAUAAAGCCGCUGCGGGCUUUGCCCUUCUCAGCGCAGAUUGGAUACAUUGAUGCCAUCAACUUCCUUCUUGAUACGCCAAACGACAACGAGAUUCUAUCAUUUGACGACAACCUCAACAGGCUGCUCUUCGAGACUCUUGCUCUUGUAGACGCCGAUGACGAGAGUCUAGCCCCGAAGCCCCUCGAGUACCGCACAGCAGAGUCGAUUGUCAGACUGCGCGUGGCAGGACUCAAACUCCUCACCACUGCAAUCAGACUACCCGGCUUCAGCCCGACAGCUGCAGCAGGCCAGGGUCAGGGCCAAGGACAGCAACAAAACAACCAGCACMGUGCCAGAGUGAUCAGCAUUUUUUUCAAGUCGMUCUACAGCAAAAACAAGGAGGUGGCUGGAGCCGCAAACGCCGGAUUGAAGAUUGUGCUACAAUCGACCUCUAAGCUGCCAAAGGACCUGCUCCAGAAUGGACUCCGACCCAUCCUCAUGAAUGUUCAGGAUCCACGUAAGCUGUCAGUGGAAGGCCUUGAGGGAUUGAGAACCCUGCUCCAGCUUCUACACAACUACUUCAAAGUUGAAAUUGGGACCCGAUUGCUGGACCACAUGAAGCACAUUGCCGACCAACAAACACUUCAAAAGGUCUCAUUCACGCUCAUCGAGGCACAGCCUAAAAUGAAGGUGGUCACUGCCAUUUUCAGCGUGUUCCAUCUGCUGCCAAGUCAAGCAGCUCAGUUCCUGCAAGAUCUCGUGGAUCGGGUAAUGUCUUUGGAAGCGUCUCUACGGAGAACGCGAAGCAGUCCAUUCCGUGAGCCACUGAUCAAAUAUCUCAACCACUACCCAGAGGAGUCUUGGACGUAUUUCAGCGAGCGUAUGAUUGACGAGACACGAGGCCGGUUCUUUGCCCAGAUCCUCGCAGACGAAGGCAGCGGCCCCCUUCGAGAGAAAGUGAUCAAGGAAGUCGACGGCCUUGUGAACACAUUCAGCAAGGAUGGACUUCCGGCGAUAGACAAGGCACAGGCUGCAGUGAAUGUGAUCCACGCAGCAGCAGCCAUCUGCCGCUUCCCAGACACCGCCAUGCAGCUUCUCAAGAACGAAAAGGCUCGAAAAGUUCUGAUAGAUGCAGGGAAGUCAUUACAGAGACAGCUACAAAAGGGAACCCUCCCGAACAAUCUACGACUUGCCGCAAUGCAAAGCGCGGAACAGAUCAUGGAAAUACUGGUCAUCUACAUGCAGCAACACCCAAAGGAUUUGGAUACCCUAUUUGACGUGUUCGAUGCGUGUGUCAAGGGAGAGUUGCAGACAUGCCCAUCACUGACCUCUUACCUCUACAAACACAUCAUCACCAACGAGUCGGUGGAGUAUCAACGAUCAAUCCUGCAACGCUGCAUUGCCAUUUAUGCCUCCAAAGACAGUCCGCAGAGACUGAAGUGGUUCGUCUUUCACAACUUGUCGAAUCCGAUUCUGGCGAAUGAUGCUAUGCGCAAUUGGAACAUCUUGUUUCGGACCCAUCAAAAAGGUACCGAGCUCAUGGACAAGGCCAUGACAGAUGAGAUUCACAACAAGCUCUGGAAGCCGCAACUGGUCGAUGAACUGUCUGAUGAGAACAAUACGCAUGGUGUUGACCACAGCCGCAUGGAGCUCAUGCAAACAUCUGCUUUCCUCAUCAAGUAUCAUCACAGCAUGCUGCAGGAUGCUCGCAAAGACUUGAUCAAAUUCGGAUGGAACCUCAUCAAGCUGGAUGAUCACAUCAACAAAUUCUCGGCAUACUGUUUGAUUGCAUACUUCAUCCAUCACUACGAGACACCUCCAAAGAUCGCCAUGCAAGUGUACAAUGCUUUGCUACGCUGCUCCCAGGCGGAAGGCCGCAACAUUGUGAUGCAGUCACUUGAGGUCAUGGAGCCAGUGCUGAAGAAGCGUCUAGGUGGGCCAGACGGACGCAACAGCAUAUGGGCGCGAUUGCCAAGGAAGAUUCUCGGCGAGGAAAUGAGCAACGUGCCUCAAUUGACCAACAUUUACCAAUUCGUCGUGCGGCAUCCGGAUCUUUUCUACGACGCGAGAGAAGCAUACGGAACCGUUAUAUUGCCUUCCAUGGGUAAGGUGGUGUCGCUUCCGGCCAACAGCCUCGAGACCAGGAAACUCGCACUGAAUCUCUUCACCCUGGUAUGGCAAUGGGAGCAACGCACCGUCAAAGAGCAAGGAUCGCUUGAUGGUGUUGAAUCGCCGACAGGCGAGAAGAGCACAUCGACCAAGAAAGCUGCAGUAGCAUCGCCCGCGCUGCGAAUGCUUUUCGUCAAGUACAUGGUGCAGUUCAUUGCGACGUUGCCCGAACGCUUCCCAGUGUCGCCGCCACGGACUAAAGAAAGUCCUCCUGCUGUGACCACCCACCAGUCUCAAGGCACAGAAACCAUCACCAGAACCUUGGAUCUUCUCCUCAAAUUGCUUUCCGCGCCAUACUGGGACGACCUUGACAUUGAUGCCAUGUUUCCCAAGGUCACCGAGCAGAUACUUUACCACGACAACAAGGACGAAAAGACAGAGGUCUGGAUAACCCGCCAGAUCAACACCAUUCAGAUGCUCAAGGUACUCCUCCACUCAAGGCCCAACGACUGGGUGGUGGCCCGGCUGCCACAGCUGCAAAAGCUGCUCGCAAAGCCAUUGCGCAGCGAGAACCCCGAAAUCCAAGAUGCGUUGCACAACGACAAUUACGUGGAAGGUGUCAUUCCGRGAUUACCGCCUAUAUUGCAGCGAGCUCUCGAGCCGAUACCCGUUGAGGCCCCCGAUGAAGAGCUUCCAGAUGCCGAUUCUCCUACCGACGACUUUACCACUUUUCUCGCAUCAGUGGCAGGAGAUGCCCUCAAUGGGAAUGGUCACGUUGCUGGCAUCAACAUACUGUGGAUCAUGUCACAGCGGCGGCCCCAAGAUGUCGACGCGCACAAGGACGCGCUGCUCAAGACUCUGCAAGUCAAGCUUGCCAAGGAUCACCUUGCCAUACCCCCGCCGCAGCCAGGCAUGCAACCCUCCGCGCCUUCACAACAGGAAGCAGAGAUCAGCGCAGGCAUGAUCAUCAAGACCAUUGAAAUGCUGUCCAUGCGCAUCAGCACUCUCGGCGAGCAGCGACGGCCAUAUCUUAGUGUGCUGGCUUCGCUCGUUGAGCGCUCCCAGAACAUUCCGCUCUGCGAGGUCAUACUGUCCCAGGUUGAGAGCUGGGUCUUCCACCCAACUGAACCGGUGCCGACGCUUAAGGAGAAGACCGCCGUGCUGCAGAAGAUGCUCCUCUUCGAGCAACGCCCAGACCCGACGUUGUACACCAAGUUCAUGGAUUUGGUAAUUCGGAUUUAUGAAGACCCCAAAAUCACACGUUCAGAACUUGCUGUUCGUAUGGAGCAUGCAUUCCUGAUUGGCCUUCGCAGUCAGGACAUCGAGAUGCGGUCCCGCUUCAUGAGCAUUUACGACAAAGCUCUCAGCCGGUCGACUAGUAACCGGUUCUUCAAGCUCAUCAGCGAACAACAGUGGGACGUGCUUGCAGAGACCUUCUGGCUGAGUCAAGUCAUUCAGCUCAUGUUUGGGAGCUUCGAUCAAAACGCCGUGCUCAGACUUCACGAUGAAGACUUCAAAUGUUUGCCAGCUUCCAGGGCAUUCAGCACCUACAUUGGUGAUAAGCGUSUCGGCGAAGUCAUGGUGGAUGAUGGUCUUGAGGAGCUACUCGCUCAGGAGAAGCAGUUCGUCAACGACGUCAGCACGGUUCGAGCUCGAGAGAUCCUUGURCCGCUUUCGGAUAUUCAACACACGGACUGGCAACUCGCGCACGAUAUUUGGGUCGCCUACUUUCCCAUGUGUUGGUCGACGCUCUCCAAGGACGACCGUGAAGACAUUGAACAGGGUCUGGUUGCGCUGCUUACCAAAGACUUCCAUCAAAGACAGGUGGACCGCAGACCGAACUGCGUGUCAACUUUGCUCGAGGGCAUUGCACAGGCCCGUCCGCGAUGCAAAUUCCCACCACAUGUCAUGAAGUAUCUCGCAAAAUCCUACGAUGCCUGGUACAUUGCCGCGACCUUCAUGGAGGACUUGGCGAUGAAGCCUCUGGUCGAUACUGCCAAUGUUCGUGAAAGUGUUCUGGACGCGCUUGUCGAGACGUACGCUGGGCUUGAGGAGAGCGACCUCUUUUAUGGAACGUGGCGCCGUCGCGCUGCGUAUGUCGAGACCAAUGCCGCUUUGUCAUACGAGCAGAAUGGAAUCUGGGACAAGGCCCAGACUAUGUACGAGCAAGCUCAAGUCAAAGCUCGAACUGGAUCUCUGCCUUACUCGCAGGGCGAGUAUAUGCUAUGGGAGGAUCAAUGGGUUCUGUGUGGGCAGAAGCUCCAGCAAUGGGAUAUCCUUGGGGAAUUUGCGAAGCACGAGAACAUCAACGAUCUCUACCUAGAGGCAAUGUGGCGCAACUACGAGUCUUGGCAGACUGACUCCAACAGAGAGCUUCUGGAGAAUUCGAUCAAAGCAGUCUCCGAUGCGCCAACGCCAAGGCGAAUGUUCUUCCAGGCUUUCAUCUCGCUUCUGAAGAUGCACAACAAGACCGAGACACCCCAGGAAUUCUCUCGGGUCUGCGACGACAACAUUCAGCUUUCGAUCAAGAACUGGCACAAGUUGCCACGCCGCAUCACCAAUGCCCACAUCGGACUUUUGCAGAACUUCCAGCAGCUUGUCGAGCUUCACGAUGCCAAUGUCAUAUGUCAGAGCUUGGCGCAAACCAAUGCCCAGAAUCUGGACGGCAAGAGUCAGGAGCUGAAGGUGCUCCUGAGUACAUGGCGUGACAGAUUGCCAAAUCUCUGGGACGACAUUAACGCCUGGCAGGAUCUUGUCACUUGGCGCCAGCACAUCUUCCAGCUCAUCAACGGCACCUAUCUUGGGCUGCUUCCGCCGAACAAUGGCAACAAUGCUACAGGCAACUCAUACGCGUACCGUGGAUACCACGAGACUGCUUGGAUUAUCAAUCGCUUUGCACAUGUGGCACGAAAACACCAAAUGCCAGAAGUCUGCAUUACGCAACUCAGCAAGAUCUACACUCUGCCCAACAUUGAGAUUCAAGAGGCGUUUUUGAAGCUAAGAGAACAGGCCAAGUGCCACUAUCAAAAUCGUAGCGAGCUCACGAAUGGCCUCGACGUCAUCAACAACACCAAUCUUAACUAUUUUGGUCCACAGCAGAAGGCCGAGUUUUACACACUCAAAGGCAUGUUCUUGAGCAAGCUGAACCAGGAGACCGACGCCUCGGACGCCUUUGGCACUGCGCUGUUCUUCGACAUCAAACUUCCCAAGGCGUGGGCAGAAUGGGGGCGAUACAGUGACAAGCUCUUCAAGGAGAACCCGACGAACCUCGAGUUGGGAUCCAAUGCUCUGAGCUGCUACCUUGAAGCGGCCGGUCAAUACAAGAGCGCCAAGUCACGGAAGUUGCUCAGUCGCAUUCUGUGGCUGUUGAGCUUGGACGACGCGGAUUCUCAGCUUUCCCAGAAGUUUCACGACUACCACGGCGAUCAUCCUUGGUGGUAUUGGGUUACCUUCAUCCCUCAGCUACUCAACAAUCUGUCCAGGACCGAGAGUGAGGCCAAUAUCGCGCACUUGAUACUUACGAGCUUGGCCAAGACAUACCCCCAGGCACUGCACUUCCAGCUUCGCACCUCGCACGAGGACAUGCAAGUCAUCAAGAGGACGACGCUGAUGAAAGAUCAGAAGGAGAAGGCUGCGCGGGCCAGCCAGCAGCAAACCGCCGAGGGUGUGAAGCAAGAAUCACCGGCCAAGACUGAAGGUGCCGGUGAACAACCGAGACCAGGAACAGCGGCCGGCGAUGAUAGCAAGACCGCCGGCGGAGACACGAAAAUGGAGGGUACGGAAGACGCAAAGAAGGAGGAAGCGCCCGAGCCAAAGAAGCCAUGGGAGCACACCGAACUGCUGGUGAUUACUCUGCGUACCGCAUUCCCGCUCCUGUACGCGUCCAUGGAAGCCAUGGUCGAGCAGAUCCAGCGUCAUUUCAAAUGUCCACCUGAUGAAGACGCGUACAGACUCAUCGUGGCGCUGCUCAACGACGCGCUCAGCUAUGUGGGACGCGCCCCCAACUCGCUCGCCCAAGAUAGCAAGCUCCCACCGCAGACGGAAGCUAACAUCAUUCGCUUUGCUGAGAGCAUCCUGCCGCCGCACAUUCGCAAGGCGUUUGAGUCUGACUUUGUGACUAAGAAGCCAACGAUGCUCGAAUACAUUGUGAAAUUGCGACGCUGGCGCGACAAGCUUGCGGAGAGGCUCGAUAGGAGAUCAUCUACUUUCCAUCUGGCGGAGAGCACGCAUCUGAGUGGGUUCCGCUUUGUGUGGUUUGAUGAAGUGGAGAUACCUGGCCAGUACCUGCAACACAAGGACAAGAACCAGGACUUUGUCAGGAUCGAACGCUUCUUGCCAAUCGUUGACCUGGUACGCGGCGUCGCAGGCUGCCACCGCAGACUCAAGAUUCGUGGCCACGAUGGCAGUGUACAUCCAUUCGCUAUCCAGCAUCCCGCUCCUCGCCACAGCCGUCGCGAGGAACGCAUUCUGCAGUUGUUCAGGAUCUUCAACAGCACGCUCUCCAAGAAGAAGGAGAGUCGUCGACGAAAUCUGCAGUUCCACUUGCCGGUCAUGGUUCCGCUGUCGCCAGCGAUCAGGAUGAUACAGGACGAUGCCUCGUACGUCACGCUCCAGGCCGUCUACGAAGACUAUUGCAGGCGCAACGAAGUCGACAAGGAUGAGCCGAUCAUGUUCACCAUGGACAAGAUGCGCGGCGCAUCCAACAGACAAGAAGCGUGGCUCAACAUGCGCAUGGAGUCGCUCAACCAUGUGCAAGACAAGUACGUGCCCAAGGAACUGGCACGUAACUACUUCGCCGCGACCUAUCCGUCCUACGAUUCUUUCUGGCUGUUCCGCCGACAGUUCUCAUACCAGCUUGCCGCGUUGACAUACAUUACUUUCACAAUGUUCAUGACUGUGCGCUACCCCAACAAGAUGCACAUUGCCAAGGGCAAUGGCAACAUUUGGGGCUCUGAGCUGCUCCCAUUCAUGAUGGGCAACCGCCYAACUCUCCAUCAGCCAGAGCCUGUGCCCUUCCGACUUACACCCAACUUGCAGGUGCUCAUGGGCCCACUGCACACGGAAGGCAUCUUUGUGUGUGCGUUGAUGGCGAUUGCGCGCUGUUUGACAUCUGACAGCACUUCGUCAACCAAUUCGCCUGCCAGCACAGCGAAUGGACAAGCGGCAGCAGUACCAGCCCAGGAGAGCUCCAACUCCGAGCUGGAGCACCAUCUUUCGAUAUUUAUCCGCGACGAGAUUCAGUUCUGGUAUAUGAACGCGCACAGAGGCACUGUCAAGGAGAACGAGAUGCGUGAGCAUGUCCAGCGCAAUGCCGAGGCGAUUGUCAACAAGGCAGWCGUCCUUGCAAAGGAACCUGGCGCGAAUAACUUGCCCGCCAGCCAGAGUGUACUUGACCUAGUUGCGAAGGCUACGAACCCAGAAAAACUGUGCCAGACAGACUUGCUUUGGAUGCCAUGGCUGUAA